AUGGCUACUCAUGUGGCAUCAUUAUAUCCGCUGCCCGCUAAGGAGGCCUUGAAAGAGGAGUUUGUGGGGAAAUCAUUGAAUGACGUUGCAACGCCUGCAGCUGUUCUCGACCUUAGCAAGGUCAAGAGCAACUGCAACCGGAUGCUAGAAGCGGUGGAGGCAUUGGGCUUUGGAUGGAGAGUCCACAUUAAGACACACAAGACAACUGAACUUACAAGGUUGCAAGUUGGCGGCGGAACUGGCCCUGUGAAGAUCGUCGUCUCUACCCUAGUUGAAGCAGAGAACAUUCUCCCCUUGAUGUUAGAAUACAAAUCCACUGGUAGAGUUCUUCUUUACAGCUUUCCGAUCAGUCCAGCUGCCGUUGAGCGACUUUCCGUCAUCUCCUCAGCUAUCGGCCCUGGUGGUCUCUCUUUAAUGGUCGACCAUCCCGGGCAACUAGAAUCUGUCUCCCAAAUCCACAAAAGCACAUCCAUUACUCCUCUAAUAUUUCUCAAGAUAGACAUGGGUUCCCAUCGAGCGGGUGUUGUUCCUCAAACAGAUGCCUGUUACCAACUCAUAGCUUCAGUAGUUGCCCUCGAGACCGCCGGUACAUGUCGCCUCUUAGGUCUGUACUCGCACGCUGGGCAUUCGUAUGGCGGCAAUAGUCGCGCUGCCGCCGUCGAUCUCCUGCGCCAGGAAUUUGAGGCCCUCCUCGUGACGACGGAGGCAGUACACUCAGUCUUACCACUCAGACCAUUGAUUCUCUCCGUAGGCGCUACACCAACCACCACCUCUGUGCGUAAUCUACUCAUCCCGGAUUUGAAUGCACCCACGGACGAACAAACUGCAAUUGCUGCAUUGCGAUCCACUAUCGCUAUGGUUCGCGAGCGCAAGUGUGAUAUUGAGGCCCAUGCUGGUGUUUACCCAGUGCUUGAUUGCCAACAACUCGCUACGCAUGCACUACCUACUCAAGGCCCCAAUGCAUUGUUAACGUGGAAUGAUCUAGCUUUCACCAUUCUUAGUGAAAUCGCCUCGAUCUAUCCUGGUCGCGGAAAGGAUGGUUCGCCUGAGGUACUGGUAGGAAGUGGGAGUCUUGCGUUAGGACGAGAGCCGUGUAAGGCAUAUGAUGGAUGGGGAAUCCUUAGUCCAUGGAACAGAAAAGGGGUUCAGAUGCCUAGCGAAGACCUAGAGAAGCAUGCCGGCUGGAAGGUAGGCAAAAUAAGUCAGGAGCAUGGAAUUCUGGGGUGGGGAGGGAAGCCUGACGAGGCGGACCUGUUUGAGAUUGGACAGAAGGUUAAGAUAUGGCCGAACCAUGCGUGCAUUUCUGGAGCGGGAUUCGAUUGGUAUUUGGUUGUUGAUGGGAGUAGAAAGGGUAAGGAAGAUGAAAUCAUUGACGUUUGGCCACGCUGGAGAGGAUGGUAG